AUGGAUAGAGAUGGGACCUUCAGAUCAGGUGUAUCAGCACAGGUACAGAGGGAAAUAGCUUCAACACACACAGAAGAUGAAGAUGACGAGGACAAAGAUGAUGAUGAAAAGUCGGAGGAGCAAAAGCUCGGGCUUGCUCAGAAGAGAGUGAGAGCUUCCCUGUCUGACCUGUCAAGCCUUGAAGAGGUGGGAGCGAUGAGUAUAAGCCAGCUGAAGGAAAUCCUGGCUCGGAAUUUUGUCAACUAUUCUGGAUGCUGUGAAAAAUGGGAGCUGGUAGAGAAAGUCAACCGGUUGUGCAAAGAGAAUGAAGAAAACCAAAAGUCAUAUGGUGAAUGGCUGCAGCUACAGGAAGAGGAAGAUAACAGUCUGUGCCAUAUCUGCAUGGAUGCUAUCAUUGAUUGUGUCCUGUUGGAGUUUGGGUACACGGUCACGUGCACCGAGUGUAGCAAGCGCAUGAGUGACUGUUCCAUCUGCCUGCAGUAUGUGCUGUGA